AUGGAAUAUAUAUUAAAGCGCGAACUUGUGCCAAUUGCGUCACGAGUUGUUUUGAAAAAUGCCUUUACACUUAAGGAUCCUAAACAGCUCCUUUUCCUAUAA